AUGGGGCGGCAUGGCAGAAAGAAGCGCAAGGGAGGGGGUGAAUGGGGGAAAGGCGCGGGGGAGGUGGUGGGCGGACGGGGUGGCGGAAGAGGCGAUUGGGGAAGGGGAGGGGGGGGUGAAGCAGGGGAGGGGGCGGGGGUUGGGGGAGGGGCGGAACGGGAGAGCGGCCUGGGGGGAGGUGCGCGGGGUAGGAGCGGGGUAGAUGGGGGAAGAGGGGGGGGGUGGGGUAGAGAAGAAGGAUGGGGAAGAGGGGAGGGCAUGGAGGGAAGGGGGAGAGGCGGCAGGUGGGAGCAUGGUGGCAGGGGCUGGGGGGGAGGCGGAAGGAGAGGCGGAGGUCGAGGAAAGGGAGGAGGCGGAGGUAGGAGCGGCAGUUUUGCUGGUGCUGCUGCUGCUGCUGCUGCUGCUGCUGCUGCUGCUGCUGCUGCUGCUGCUGCUGCUGCUGCUGCUGGUGGUACCACUAGUGGCGGUGGUGAGGACAAGGCAGAAAUCACCUGCCUUCCACUCGGUCAGCACGGGGCAGGACGUGGGGAAAAGCUGUGUGGUGGUGCGCGUGGGGGGCAGACUCAUGUGCUCCCUUCCGUCCCUGCACCAUCAUUCUUCCUCCCUGCAUUCCAUGCGGCCAUUGGUUGUUGCCAAUGUGCCAUCAGGAGCGGGGCAGGACGUGGGAAAGAGCUGCGUGGUGGUGCGCGUGGGGGGUCUCAUGUGUUCCCUUCCCUCCCUGCAAUGCACCAUCUUUCUUCCUCCCUGCAAUGCACCAUCUUUCUUCCUCCCUACAUCCCAUUCGUCCAUUGCUCAUUCCGCACUGUGUCGCCAGGAGCGGGGCAGGACGUGGGGAAGAGCUGUGUGGUGGUGCGGGUGGGAGGUAGAGUGGUCAUGUUCGACUGCGGUAUGCACAUGGGCUAUCAGGACGCGCGCCGCUUCCCCGCCUUCCCCCGCCUGCGCGCCUUCAGCCACGGGCAGCACCCUCAGUGGCAGAGGCAGGAAGGGGAGCAUGUGGACUACACGGGCAUCAUUGACUGCGUCAUCAUCACCCACUUGUGCGCUCCUCUUCUCCUCCUUCUCGCUUCAUGGUCAUGGGCUGGGGUCUGGGCGCCUUCCGUUCUUCCCCUCAUCACUGCCAGCAUUCAUCCCUCCUGCAGCAUCACCCACGCCUCUCACACUUUCCUUCGGUCUGGCUCGCUCGCCCUCCCCUCCCGUGCACCCAAGCGAUCUUCUUCCAAAGUUACUUUUGAGAUCGUUCAAAAGUGGCUCCCGUGGGGCUCACAACCGCCCGUACCCCACCAAGGCCCUCGCCCCGCUGAUGCUGGAGGACUAUCGGCGCGUGGCGGUGGAGCGGAGGUGCUGCUGCGGGCGCUCCCAUUCCUCCCCCCCACUCUCUCAUGUGUCCUUGCACCUCUUUCACCACUCCCCACUCCCCAGUACCCCACCAAGGCGCUGGCCCCUCUGAUGCUGGAGGACUAUCGGCGCGUGGCGGUGGAGCGCAGGGGCGAGGGCGAGGAGGGGCUGUUCUCCAGUGCGGAUAUCACUGCGGCCGUGGGCCGAGGUGAGGGGGACGAGAAGGCAGGAGGCAGGGGAUGCGGGGGGGCAGUGAGGGGCAGGUGCGGGUCCGUGAAGGGAGGUGGCCGUUGGGCGAGGUCAGCGAUCCCGGUGGACAUCCACCAGAGCAUUCAAGUGAACGAGCACAUCACCAUCACCCCCUACUAUGCCGGCCAUGUGCUGGGAGCAGCAAUGUUCCACGUGCAAGCGAGCAAUGGGGCGUCAGUGCUUUACACUGGUGAUUUCAACAUGGCACCUGACAGGCACCUGGGAGCAGCCAGGGUGGAUCCGCGCCUUCGACCCGACCUCAUGAUCUCCGAAUCUACCUACGCCACGACCAUCCGCGAGUCCCGGCGCAGUCGAGAAGCAGACUUCCUGUCGCGCGUGCACACAUGCGUGGCAGCAGGGGGCAAGGUGCUCAUCCCAGUGUUUGCCAUGGGGCGAGCGCAGGAGCUGUGUGUGCUGCUGGAUGAGUACUGGCACCGCAUGGGGCUGGAUGUACCCAUCUACCUUAGUGCUGGUAUGUACCCAUCUACCUCAGUGCUGGUAUGUACCCAUCUACCUCAGUACUGGUAUGUACCCAUCUACCUCAGUACUGGUAUGUACCCAUCUACCUCAGUGCUGGUGUGCACCCAUCUACCUCAGUGCUGGUGUGUACCCAUCUACCUCAGUACUGGUAUGUACCCAUCUACCUCAGUACUGGUGGGGGGUGUGAGUGGCACUGGCAGGGAGGCAGGUGCUCAUUCCAGUUGCGAGCCCUGCCCUGGCCUGCCUUUUCCCCUCUCUCCUCCUCCUCACCCUCUCUCACCCUCCCCGUCGAUCCCUCUCCUCCACACUCACUCCCCCUCCCCUCCACACUCACUCCCCCUCCCCUCCGCACUCACUCCCUCUCUCCUCCUCCCAGGCCUCACCUCCCAGGCCACGGUGUUCUACAAGACUUUGCUGACGUGGACCAAUCAGCACAUCCAAUCAGCACAUGCCAACCGCAACAUCUUUGACUUUCGACAUGUGCGGCCAUUCGACCGGGCCCUACUGGACGCCCCGGCGCCCAUGGUGUUGUUUGCCACGCCCGGCAUGCUCUCAGGGGGGCUCUCCCUGCAGGCCUUCAAGGCCUGGGCGCCCCACCCCUGCAACCUGCUCGUGCUGCCCGGAACCUUCUUUGCUCUCGCUACUCGACCGCAUCCGCCCCACACUAACUUGGCAAUGCCGCCCUUAGCCACGCCAUACACGUGCAGAGUGGAGAUGGGGGCACCCUUCGACCACCGAAGCAAGGCCGUCUGCCCCAUGCUAGAUCCAAUUUCAAUAAUCCCAUUUCACUUUCUCAACUCUUCUUACCCUCUUGCUCCUCUCUCCCUCCCUCCUGCCGCCCGCGGGUCACCCUCUGCCGCCCAGGUUCUGCAUGGCCGGCACAGUGGGCGGCAAGAUCAUGGCCAUGGCCUCCGCCAAUGCCUUUCUUCCUCCCUCCUGCUGCCCGCGUCUCCCCUUCUCCCUCCCAGGUUCUGCAUGGCGGGCACGGUGGGCGGCAAGAUCAUGGCCAUGGCCUCCGCCAAUGCCGCCGCUGCUGGUGGUGGUGGGGGGGGUGAGGGUGGUGGGGAUGGUGGAAGAGAAGGGGGAGGGGGAGGCGGAGGGAGGGUAGCCGUCGACCAGAGCACGCAAGUGGUGGUCAACUGUCAGGUGCAUGUGCUCUCAUUCUCCCCACACACUGAUGCGAAGGGCAUCACCGACCUUAUCCGCCACCUGGCGCCACGCCACGUCAUCCUGGUGCAUGGCGAGCGUGCGAAGAUGGCGCAGCUACGGGACAAAAUUGCCGACCAGAUGGGUAUCCCCUGCUUCACACCGGCCAAUCACGAGACAGUUAGGGUGCCUGCGACGGUCACUCAAAAUGUUACUGCUCCACCUGCAAUGGUGGUUGCUGAUGGCUUGACAGGGAAUGGCACAAUGGGGUGUGGAGGGGAGGAAGAGUUAGAGGAAGGAGAUAAGUCCUUGCUGGAGUCAUCGCGCAAGUUUUACGAAGCGAAGCACUCUCUUGCGCAGCACGGCGUGCGGGUGGACGGCGUGUCAGUAGAUCUGGCGGCGAUGAUGGCGCUCAAGGCGGACGCCAUAGAAUCCCUCACGUCGGGCGUCGAGCGCAUGUUCGAGCAGCACCGCGUUAACUACGUCAAGGGCGCGGGCCGCAUCACAGGCACGCACGAGGUCACCGUGAGCCUCCUAGACGCGGACGGGCAGGUCGGGCAGGCGAAAAAAGUCCUCUCGGCGAAGAAUAUCAUCAUCGCGACGGGAUCAGACAUUCGGCAGGUGCCUGGGGUCCCGAUCGACGAGAAAAAAAUCGUUUCGUCGACCGGCGCUAUGUGCCUUGAGAAGGUUCCGGAGAAGAUGCUGGUGGUGGGCGGCGGGGUGAUUGGACUGGAAAUGGGGUCCGUAUGGAGUCGCCUGGGCGCGGACGUGACUAUACUGGAAUUCGCGGAUGGCAUUGGCGGGUACAUGGACAACGAGAUUCGGCAGGAGUAUCACCGCAUUCUCGAAUCCCAGGGGUUGAAAUUCCUCCUGGGAACCAAGGUGGUGCGUGGGGACGCGUCGGGAGAAGGCGUGGUGCUGCAGGUAGCGCCGGCGAAAGGAGAGGGCGAGACGCGGGAGGUCCACGCUGACGUGGUGAUGGUGGCGGCAGGGCGCGUGCCUUGCACGAACGGGCUAGGGUUGGACGAGGUGGGCGUGAAACGAGACAUGAACGGGCGGAUAUUCGUGGAUAGCCAUUUCAGGAGCACGCGGCCUACUGUGUAUGCCAUAGGGGAUGUGAUUCCGGGUCCCAUGCUGGCGCAUAAGGCGGAGGAGGAUGCUAUUGCAUGCGUGGAAAACAUUAUAAACGGGCACGGGCAGGUGAAUUAUGCGACGGUGCCCGGGAUUAUUUACACGCAUCCGGAAGUGGCGAUGCUGGGUAUGACCGAGGAGGAGCUGCAGGCAACGGGGAUGGAGUAUACCGUGGGUAAAUUCCCCUUUAAAGCGAACAGCCGGGCGCGGGCGAUGGGGGAAGUGGAGGGGUUUGUGAAGAUUCUGGCGGAUAAGGCGACGGAUUUGGUGCUGGGGGCGCAUAUACUGGGGCCGAGCGCGGGCGAGCUGAUCAUGGAGUGUGUUCUGGCCAUGGAGCAUGGGGCGACCACGCUGGAUCUAGCUCGCACAUGCCAUGCUCACCCCACGCUCACAGAGGCUGUCAAAGAGGCCGCUUUGGCUGCCCAUGGCAAACCCAUUCACUCGUGA